GAGGUCCUUAACCUCGGACGUACUGUAACAAUUCUUUUAUAGCCGAAGUGAAGUUAAACCCAGUAUUUCUGGUUAAACGGCUGCACGAUAAAUAUAGUGGGCAUAUCCACACCUGAUUUGUUACAUAACUCCUCGGUCCCGAAUUUGUAGCCGGUCCCAAAUUUAUCUCUUUAAGGGACACGUCACACUCCGAUCAUCCUGCUAAACAAGCCACGUGGAUACCUCAUGAAGGCUUAUAAAUACCCCCAGGGGCCACGUCAAAAAGGUAAUUGAAACCAUCCUAAAGCUCCUUUUUCAUUAGUCCAGAGAUAGACCCGAUUAUUGCUGACUUAAGCAUCGGAGUGUCUACCCCGAGAACCCACCUCGGGACUUUGCAGGUUCAUCUGAAGUGAAGACGCAGAUUGAAGAAGGAUCUCUGGUUUGGUGCAAUUACAUUUGGCGCCGUUUGUGGGAAACGAACUGAAAGCUUUCUUGUUACUCUUUCAUCAUGGUUAACACUCGAUCAAUCUGAGUUGGAAAUCCAUCUCUGCCUCUUGGACAAGGUUAACUCCCCAACAACCUCCCACCUCAGCCUCCACCUCAGAUCCCAAAUAUGUUCCCUCUUGUUGAUAAUGCAGAAGGAGGAGAUGAAAACCAACCUCAUAACUCAACUCACAACUCAACUUCCACCGCCAACCAAGAUGUAGUCAUAGCUCAGCUUGCUGCCAUGCAACAAUAUGAGUCUCAAGGCCAGUCUCACAUAGCCCCAGCUCAACAACCCCUCCCUAAUGAUGUCACUCGACGUCUAGACAGCUUAGAAAAGCUAGUAGCUGAACAGCGAGAUGCCCCACCUCCACACCAUGUUGCUGACUCCAUACCCCAUCCUCUGAACACCAACAUUACACUGGAACCCUACCCUGCUGGUUUUAAGAUACCUCAACUUGAGACUUAUGAUGGGACGAAGAAUCCCGAUGAUCACCUACAUACUUUCUACUCUUACAUGCAAGAUCAGAACGCCUCUGACACAUUGAUUAGAAGGUUGAUCAAGAAAACUACUUCUGAACUGAUGCAAGUUAAACAGAGGAACGGGGAAUCUCUGAAGAAUUAUAUGAGCAAAAUCAGUGAUGCGGUACUUGAGAUUAGCUCCUUCGACCAAGCUGUGGGAAUUACAACUGUGAUCUCAGGUCUUAACCAUGAGAGAUUCAGAGAUAGUCUGCUCAAGCAUCCUGCCACCACUUUUAGCGAGAUGAAUGAUAGAUCACUAAAAUUCAUAACUGCUGAAGAAUAUGCCUUGUCGCAGAAGCCAGCCCCCUCUAAGAACCAAAACCCAGACCGAUUUGGAAGGCCGAACUCAGCACCUCCACAACAGUCUGCAGGUAAACCUCUAAUUACUUGGACUCCUUUUAAUCUGCCAAGGUCACAGAUUUUCAUGCAGAUUAAGAACAAGAUGGACUUAAGGCAUCCUGACCCAAUGAGAACUGCUAUUGCUAGCCGAAAUCAUACUAGAUAUUGUGAUUUUCAUCAAGAUCACGGUCAUACAACAGAGCAAUGCAACAGCCUAAGAGAACAGGGGCCACAACCCCAAGGAAUCCGUAAUCCACCAAACAGGCAAGGAGUAGGGCAUCAACAAGCCCCACCUCCACUUCUGCCACUAGCCAGAAUUAUACACAUGAUUACAAGAGGGUUGGAAGUAGGAGGGUUGAGCUCCAAACAGAGAAACCUGUAUGUCAGAGAGGUAAAGCAUCAAAACCGAGCUCAGAAAAGGAAACUUGAUGAUGCUGACCGGAAAGAUCAACCAAUCACUUUUACACCUGCUGAUUUUGAAGGGGUGGUAACACCUCACAAUGACCCUUUGGUCACCUCAAUAAUGAUCAACAACUGUCAAGUCCAACGUGUACUUGUUGACACCAGGAGCGCACCUGACAUCAUGUACUACCACUGCUUUGAGAGCCUAGGGCUCGACCCAACUCUACUACAACGUUAUGAUGGUCCUAUAUAUGGUUUCAACAACCAACCAGUUCCAAUUGAAGGGAUCCUAACCAUGAAUGUUACAUUUGCCAAAAUAUAUAUAUAUAUAUUUCUUUACCAGAUUAUGAUCCUGAAGUACAAGUUAACACAUCCUUCUGGAACUCCAACUGCAUACCUUAUCAACAGUUUCCACACUCCCACAGGGGCCAAAUUAGCAAAGAAACAGGUAGCAUUGCUAUUCAGCAGUUUUAGCUUCAGCUUCGUCUUCGCCUUUUUUCAGUGGUUUUUCACAGCUAGCGAUGACUGUGGAUUCAUAAACUUCCCCACUUUUGGAAUGCAAGCCUUCAAAAAGAGGUUCUACUUCGAUUUCUCAUCAACAUAUGUUGGUGUUGGAAUGUUAUUCCCUUACAUGGUGAAUGUGUCGUUGUUGAUUGGAGCAAUCAUAUCAUGGGGAAUCAUGUGGCCCAUGAUUGAGAACAAUAAAGGUGUCUGGUACAGUGCUGAUUUAAGUCCUGGCAGUCUCCAUGGAAUUCAAGGAUAUAGGAUUUUCAUCGCUAUUGCCAUGAUGCUAGGAGACGGUUUAUACCAUGUUCUCGUAAUGCUAUUAAGAACUUUAUGGAGCCUGGUUGCAAAAAGCAUACAAUAUUCCGAUAAAAAUUUCCAGUUCCAAAACUACGAUGAAGAACGAAGAACCGAAUUCUUCUUAAAGGACCAGAUUCCUGGAUGGGUUGCUCUUGGAGGUUAUCUUGUACUUGCAGCCAUAUCCACUAUCUCUGUGCCUUUCAUGUGUCAUAUUGUCACUUAUGCCAUGGCUCCUGUCCUUGCCUUUUGCAACGCAUAUGGCUGCGGCCUCACAGAUUGGUCCCUCGCUUCCAACUACGGUAAACUUGCCAUCAUCAUUUUCAGCUCCUGGGUCGGGAUGCACCAUGGUGGUAUCAUUGCUGGGUUGGCUUCCUGCGGUGUGAUGAUGAGCAUUGUUUCAACAGCCUCCGAUCUGAUGCAAGACUUCAAAACAGGAUACCUCACUCUGUCCUCUCCUCGCUCAUUGUUCUUCAGCCAGGUUCUAGGGACCGCAAUGGGAUGUCUCAUCACACCUUUAGUCUUCUGGUUCUUCUUCAAAGCAUAUCCGGUCGGUGACCCAGAUGACCCCUAUCCCGCACCCUACGGGUUGUUAUACCGCGGCAUUGCACUUCUUGGCACGGAAGGCGUUUCUUCACUUCCCAAGCACUGUUUAACACUCUCCAUCGGUUUCUUCAUCGCCUCUAUCGUUUUAAACCUGUUCCGCCAGGUGUUGCAGAAGGUCGAAACCAAGUACCAGAUCUACCGGUUCAUUCCAAGUCCAAUGUGCAUGGCUAUCCCCCUCUACCUUGGUGGUUACUUCGCCAUUGACAUGUGCAUUGGGAGUUUGAUACUCUUCUUGUGGGAGAGGAAGAACAAGCAGAAGGCAACGGACUAUGCACCUGCGGUGGCAUCUGGUCUCAUAUGUGGGGAGUCAUUGUGGAGUGUCCCGGCCGCCAUUCUAUCUCUUGCUAACUUGACGCCACCGAUUUGUAUGAAGUUAUUCCUCUCUGGUGCUGCCAACGUCAAGGUGGACAACUUCUUGAAUGGAAGUUAGAGAUGAAUUAUAAAUUCAAGCAUCACUCUGUAGUCUGUACAGCUUGCGUUUUCUUUCUUUUUCUUGGGGAGUCAUGACAUGUGCAUUAGAAAAUGCUGCCCAAUUGUUCACCAAAUUAACAAACCUUGAAAAUGAAAAAUUAAAUCAUUG